AUGGAGAAUGUCCGGACCAUUGCCGAGAUUCAAAUAGGGGUUCGAUGUUUACUCCCUGUGUUGUCUUUUGGUCACGUGGAAGCCCAGCUGCUAGGUGGUACACACCCCUGUGAAGGACGCCUGGAGGUUCUUCGAGGACUCACCUGGGGCACCGUCUGCUAUGAUGACCUGGACCUGCCCACGGCUCAUGUGGUUUGUCGGGAGCUGGGGUGUGGCACCGCUGUAUCCAUACUCGGGAGUUCCCACUUUGGCCAUGGAUCAGGACCUGUGUGGACAGAGGCCUUUCACUGUGUGGGCAAUGAAUCACUGCUGUUCCAUUGUCUGAGGGAGCCUGGACACCAGUGUGGCCAUGAUCAGGAUGCUGCAUUAAUCUGCUCAGGGCAAAAGUUCCGACUGGUCAACGGCAGCAGUAGCUGUGAGGGCCGCGUGGAGCUUUGGGUACAGGAGUCCUGGCAGCCCCUCUGUGCUGCCCACUGGGACUUAGCAGAUGCCACGGUGCUCUGCCACCAGCUCAACUGUGGUUAUGCAGUGGCCACACCCCAAGGUGGCCAUUUUGGAAAUGUGGAAGCUCCUAUCUGGACAGAUGUGUUUCACUGUGUGGGGACAGAGCCCCACCUGCUGAGCUGCCCAGCAAGCACCUUAGGGGCCCAGACAUGUGCCCCGGGAAAUUCAGCCUCAGCUAUCUGCUCAGGUGCCCAAAAUGCACUGCGGCUGAGGGAUGGACAGAGCCACUGCGAUGGUAGAGUGGAGGUUUUCCUUGAUGGCGUAUGGGGGCGUGUGCUGGACAAUGCCUGGAACCUGUGUGAUGCUGCUGUGGUGUGCAGGCAGCUCGGGUGCGGAGAGGCACAGCAAGCCUAUGACGCUCCGGCUCCAGUCCUCAAGACAAUCCCUGUGGGGCUGAGCAUGGUGCACUGCUUGGGCUCUGAGACCCACCUGACCCAAUGCAACGUGUCAAUGUCUAUGCUGGUGCACGCGGGAACACUGCGGGACGCAGGUGUCAUGUGCUCUGGUGAGUGCGGGGCAUCCACUUCCUCAGCCUUGUUCAUGUAGUCCAGAGUGCCCUGACUGGAUCUCUCCGCAGGGAGCUUGCAUGUGCGGUUGGUAGCGGGCAAGAACCGCUGUGCUGGGCGUGUCGAAGUGUUCUAUCGGGGCACAUGGGGCACCGUAUGUGAUGAUGCCUGGGACCUGCAGGACGCCCAUGUGGUCUGCAGGCAGCUGGGCUGUGGCCACGCCCUCAGUGCCCCUGGGGCGGCUCAUUUUGGAGCAGGAACUGGGCGCAUCUGGCUGGAUGAACUGGGCUGCCUGGGCGAGGAGGCUGCUCUGUGGGAGUGCCAGUCAGGAGGCUGGGGCCAACAAGACUGCGGGCACAAGGAGGAUGCGGGCGUGGUCUGUUCAGAAUUCACUGAGGUGAGGUUGCAAGAACACAGCCAGCCAUGCACAGGACGCCUGGAAGUUUUCUACAAUGGUACCUGGGGUGGUGUCUGCCAGUCCCUGAGUGCUGCCUCCCUGAGAGUUCUGUGUGGACACCUGGGUUGUGGAUCCCAGGGGCAGCUGUUGGCCAGGCCAAGGAACUCAUCUAAGCUGGAGACUGUCUGGUUGAAGUCCAUUCAGUGUAGGGACAAGCAUGACAGGUCCUUGUGGCAAUGCCCCUCAGCGCCCUGGGACAGGCAUUCUUGCACCAGUGGAGAGGAAGCUUGGUUGGUGUGUGCAGGAAAGACAGAAGUUUCUCAGGAUAUAGAGCAGAUGUCCAACUGCUCAGCUCUUAGCUGCCCAGAGGAAGGUGCAGUUCGUGUGUUUGGGGGUGAGGAUGGCUGCUCUGGACGAGUGGAGCUCUGGCACAGAGGUUCAUGGGGCACGGUGUGUGACGACUCCUGGGACCUGGCAGAUGCAGAAGUUGUGUGCCGGCAGCUGGGCUGUGGCCCCGCCAUAGCUGCCCUGCAGAAUGCUGCCUUUGGUCCUGGUUCAGGGCCUAUAUGGCUGGAUGAAGUGGGAUGCCGAGGCAGUGAGAGGACUCUGGGAGCCUGCCAGACCGAACCAUGGGGGUACGGAGACUGCUCCCACAAGGAGGAUGCCGGUGUGCGCUGCCUGGCUAUCCCUGGGACCAUGGCAUCAGGCAAUUCUCUGGCUCCUCCACCUGUUCCUGAGGCCUGGACCCUGCCUAUAACUGCCUCCAUAGUCCUUGGCUGCCUCCUGGGCAUAGUUCUUCUGGCCCUGACUGUUCAGUGGUGUCACAGCAGAGCCAUCAGCAUGGGUUUUGGAGCAACAGGGCAGCCCUCAGAUGCUGUCUAUGAAUACAUUGAAACAGUCCCUAUGGAUGAAACAGCAGAGGAGCCAGCAGCAUCCCAAAGUCCAGUGCAGGAUGAGGAUUAUGAUGAUGCAGAAGAGCUCAAGGACAGCCCUGGGGAAGAUGUGGAGGCUAGGCAACUGCUGAGCCUGAUUGGUGUGUACCUCUGUUCCCUGAGUCUGGAGCAUCCUUUGGCUGUUCUGCUCUCAUAA